AUGUGGUACAAAAAUAUUCAAGGCACUCAAGGCAUUCAAGAUGAGGAUCUUUCGCCCAAAAUGUGGGACGAAGUAUAUAUUAGCGUUGUCAAAUGCCUUUUCCUGUGUGUAAUAUAUCCCACCCAAGAUGAAAUAAAAGAGUCCCUCAAGGACUACUUGAAUGAAAAGUUUCCUGAAUUUAUGGCGAUCCCUGAAUUCAUGGCGAACUUAAGUGCUAACGAUUUUGCAAACCAGUUCCAUGGUGUAUG